AUGCCACUAAAUAGAGUUCCGGUCCCCUUGCGGCAAAAGUUUCUUCCACACGAUGGAGGAUAUGAAAUCGUUUACUCGAAGCAUAUCAAUUACCCAGAUGAUUACGAUUGUGAAGUCAAAUACUUGAUGAAUUGCUCUGGCGAAUUCACCUAUUAUGUUGCACUCUUUUAUGCAAAUUCACUUACAUUACGGUAUAUAUCUGAAACCGGUUUGGAGUCGCACUAUCUCUUCAGUGAAGAAUUGAGUAUCAAGGAUAUUGGUUAUUUUCGGAAUGCUGAUGAUGAGCUCUGCCUAGUUGUUGCCUUAAACAGCUCGAACAUUAGUAUUCAUCCUCAUUGUGCCGCUUUCCUUCGCUGGGGUGGAGCACGAUUCCAGCUUAUUCAGAAAGUUGCGUUCGAACAAGAGAUUUGUUGUCUUAAAGUCAUCGCUGAUGAGCAGAAUAUCAGCCAACUUGCGCCUACGCUUCAUCACAAAAUGUCUAUCUGGCCUCACAUUAUAUCUGUUGGUACUCAUUUUGCUCGAUGUUAUCUAUUUCACUUCCCUUCUCCCGAACAAUAUAAGGGCCACGAUCCACGGGUACCGCUCAAAAUAAAACUGACCGAUGGGCUGAAGCCCUUUCGAUAUGGUGACGAGUUCGUUUAUAGCUCCGCGAACCCAGAUUCAGGAUACACCGAGUCGAAAAAGUUGAAGAUAGAGUCAGUUUCUGUGACGUGCGUCGGCUUCCUCGAAAAAUGUCGUGUUGUGUUGGUUGGUUUCUCUUUUGGCGGGAUCAUGUCCAUAUCUUUGACGGAGAGUCCUAUCAUAGAUCCUUUAAUGUAUCCGUGCAGCGCACCUGUGCAGUUCAUUGCUCCGUUGGAGCCCGACGAUGAUCCACGCAUGCACUUGUGGUUCUUCGUAGCGUAUAGUUCAACAAAAGCUAAACCUUUGCAACUCUGCUUGUAUGAAGUAAUGUUCGGUGAGGAUGAGUGCUUACCAUUGUCUGAGCGUACUUGGUUGAAGCCUAGGAUCGGAAUCAAGCUAGUGAUCCCCUUCCAUAACACUACUCGCUGGAUAUCCCUACAAACUCUGGUACGUGAACGAGGUGAACUUCGAGGUCUCGAAGACUCCUCUCGAGACAGCUCUAGAUUUGGUUCCGAUAAGGAUCGAUCUGUGGUCUUCUUUUCUUACAUAGCUAAUGAUCGAAGUGGUGGCAGUCUAAAGGGUGGUCUUUUUGACCUCAAUGCAUACUUCUACAAACGUUUGAUCGGUACAAUUACACAUGAUGGAACCAUCGCACAGCAGUGUGCGUUCAUGUCUACGAUUCAACCAAUACCUAUGCACUAUAAAGAAGAAAACUUCUCAUUACUGAAGGAUGUUGUUAUCGAUACCGCGUUGAUUACACGUUUUAUCUCCAAUGUGAGCGAUGCUGAGCAAAUGUUUUACCCAUCGGCACUAGAGAUUGCGGUUGUCCACGUUGCUGGAUCAAAGAAGUGCUAUCAACUAUCACUCCCUAGCCUUCCUGAUCAGUUGCUAUCGACGAUUUGUGCCGAUCUAGAAAUGCACAUGGCUGAUCCUUCUUCUGCGUCAGCGUGGCUAUCCGCCCUCGGUUUCUUCAAAAAUGACCCCAUUUCGAGACUAUCCGAUAAAUGUGAUGAUCGUGCUGUUUUGUAUUCGGUAUUGAGUACGCUCCUGAGUCAUGAGCGAGCCGGAGCAAUUGUACACUAUAUCAGACAUACUGACUCCGUUCAGUCACGGCAUUUGAUUGCUGCUUGGAUUUGGGAAGAGAUUGACAAAGCCAGCAAGAAGCUGCACGAAACAACCGACCCUUUGUUUGCAAGAUUUUCUGGUCCUUUGAAUCCUGCUGGUCAAAAAGCUUUGGCUCAUGUCUAUGACGUGUUCGUUGGUGGCGUACAAAUUUUACGCGAGUUGGUGUCUUCCGUAGAGCGAGAGGAGGACGAAACAAAAGAAUAUGUGACAACUCUGGAGGCUCGUCGUUUCGCAACGGAGAGCCUUCGCUCGUAUACAGCAGUCAUUCAUCGACUUAUAUCAUGCCGUAUUCUUCCUGUUUCUGAGGAUAGGGAAGUCCGUCUAGCUAUGGGGACUUUGCUAAGUGAUCGCAGAGCAAAAUCCUUGGGUCAGCUCAAUAUUGAUAAACUCGUUUCCCGUAUGCGACGGAAGUGCCCUGCUGAGCCCUUUUGGCACGCUGAAGGUCCUCAGUGGUAUCCACCAGCAUUACUGAAUCUGCUUUCUCUCGUUCUUGUUCUGAAUAUCCCUACCAAGUGGAAAGGACAACUUCUGACUUUCUACUUACUGGAUUACGCUAGUUGUAAAGUACCACGCAAUGGCUGUUCUGAAACGAGUGGAUCUGUUGUCGAAACAGUCAAGAAACAAAUGCAUGGUAUCUUAGGUAUGACGAAGUCUGAAAUUCAGAACGUUUACGACUUGUGGUGUGCUGAUGGAGGACAGGGAAUCAAGCAAGAAGAGUCUUUCGAUAACCCCUCAUCUGAUCAGCAGGUACCUCUCGAUGCUGAAAUCCGGAGGCUGUUGGACAUUCCUCGUUCACUAAGUAGCACUGAAGAGAAUUCACUCAAAGCACUACUAAAGUCGGUGCCAUUCGGAGAAUUCAUUUGGAAUAGCUAUCUCGCUAAACAUCGUCGGUUCGAUGAAGUAAAAGAGCUGCCUGUCCCCUCGGAUGCUGCUCGCAACGAUGCUGUUUUGGAAUAUCUGCAAUUGUUACCUAUAGUGAGAACCCUUCGUCAGAGCAUAGCAUAUUCAGCGAAACGACCGUCUUGGCCAAGCGAUAUUAAAGAGGCCAUAGAGAAGUUUGAGAAAGAAAAGACCUUUUCACCACCAUCAUGUGAAAGCGCAACAAUUUUCAAUCGAGGAAAAACUCCAGUUCGAUUGUUGAGAAGACAAUCAAAUGCCGAUGCUCUGAUAUCUCGGAAGCGGCCAGCAGUCCCUGUUCUUCAGCAGUUGGAUACCAAUCUUUCCCAGCUUUCAACUUUGUCGGAUAGAUCGCCGCUUAGUGCUAAACGUGCAAACAUGGAACUCAGUGAAGAAGAUGUAAAUAUGCCCGAGGACGUACCGAUCAAUACUUUAAACAACAUAGCGGACAUUUUACGGACACCGAAAGCGCGCGCUUGUGCAGCGGCACAUGCAGAAUCUCAACGAAAAUGGGCAGACAAGACACCAGAAGGUGAAAUUGAACGUCCUGCUCCCAGAAGCAUUCUGAAAUCUGGGAGAACUGAUCGUAAUACUCAGCCUCGCAAUCGACUACAGUUCAAUCUUCCUUCUUCUCUCUCAUCGUCUUCUGAACAGCACACAAUUUCGGAGGCUUCCAGUCCCGAGCAUAUAGAAAAAAUGACUCAGCCAAAUUUCGACGAAUCUUUCGAGUACGGGGAGGAUACGACUAACACAGAGGGAGAUGAUUCAGUUGAAGUACAAGACGAGCCGUUUGAACCUUUAAUCAGUCCCGAUCUUGAACAAGAUUUGCUGCCAAAGGAAGGGCCUUUGUACAGCAGCCCUGUAUCCCAAGAUGAUGUUGUACUAGAGCGUUCUAUGGAAGUGCAAGAUGAAGAGGACGACUGGGAAUCGAAUGCAAAUGCAGCUGAACCUCCACCUUUGGUUGAAGAAGAACAGGGUGAAGACCACUACGAAGUUGGGAUUGCAGAGCGAUCCGACAUCGGGAAACUUGCACACGAAGGAGGCCUUCGUUCGGCUGAAUAUUUUGAACAAGACGAAGCCGGAACAAGCGGAGUCAAAGCGAUAGCCAAUCUUAAAAGCAGCGUGGAAUUGGAAGAUGAAGAUGCUAUGGAAACCGAGGAUCUAGAACUUGAGAAUAGUGUGGAACUUCAAGAAGAAUGCCAGGAAGUGGUUGAUGUCGUCCGUGUCACACGGUCGAAAACUGUCGUGAACACAACGGUCAGCCCUCCUUCCAUCUCGCCGUCUCCUCCUGUUCCUGGCGCUGAAUCCGGUGGUGGAAAUGCAAAUGGCGAGCACGUCACGGUCAAGACGUAUUCGGCGAUGAAUGUGAUAGAAACUGCAGUUGAAAAACAGCUGGACGUUGAUGAACCUAAUCAUGAUGCUAUUGCAUGUGAAGAGCAAUGUUCAAUUGAGACACAGUCCGAUGACUCAGAUUCUGAUGACAUUGGAAGGCCGCACAUUAAGCAAACCGUAAUUGAGACGCUUUCAAACGUGUAUGAGGUAGCUCAUGAGGUGCAAGAUGACCAAGAGGGCGUCAAUAAUGUCACAUUCACAAUUCCUGCUGAAAUUGGGAUUGCAACCGGCGAUUUUGUUUCCUUGUGUUCGGAAAGUGUCACAACCGUGCGCGAGAAUUCCACCGACGAAGUAUCCAAUGUGAAACUUGUGGACUAUUCUUUUACUAGUGAUUCCACUUUCGACCUCUCUCAUACUCCCAGAAAACAUCAAAAGGCCGCAGACUCUUCCACUCAUGUCAGCCAUAUUCGUGAAGUUCUUGAAUUUGAUGGUGAACUGGUUCCAAUGCUCGAUGCUGAUCAAUUGCGGCAACCUUCUACUGUUGAAGAAAGUUCUUCAGAAACUCAAAGCAGUCCGCGGUUGCCCAGUCCUACCGAGUUCGGAGACGGAAACGAUUUACAAGAAGUGCCACUUCCAUCUGAACCUACUGCAUUGGGUGUCAUACCUGAGGAAACAUCUGGACCUACAGCCUUAAGUGUCACGCCUGAGGAAAUAUCUGAACCUACAACCUUGGGUGUCAUACCUGAGGAAACAUUUGAACCUACAGCAAUGGAAGUCAUAACUGAGGAAAUAUUUGAACCUACAGCAUUGGAAGUCAUACCUGAGGAAACAGAAAAGGCUGCCACAACACCUCCGUUGUCUCCUCAACAGGCACAGUCUGAACUUCCCACUUCGACCCGUAAAAGAAUUCGUAGUUCAGCUAAAAAGGUAGCUCCAGCUACACCAACGAGGCGUUCACAACGACUUCGUCACAGAUCGCUUAGUAUUGAAGGCGAAGGCUCGGAAAGAGGGGUUGAUCAAGAAAGCGACAUUACCAGUCUAACCUCAGGGCGCUCUGGAAAAUUGAGUGAUUCCGUGGAAGAAACUGAGUCAAAGGAAGUGCAGAAAAGUCCCAGCCGUGCAGCCCGAAGCCGUAAAGUAUCCACGAGCAGUUCUGAAGCAUCAUCAAAUAUAUCAAGAACCCCUACACGGCGGACACCGACUCGCUCUGCGACGAAGUCGAAGCAAGUGGAUGUGGAAACGGAGGGCGCGAAAGGUCGAAAAACCCCUAGCAAAGCCUCGAAGGCACUGAAUGAAAAAUUCACUGUCGCAAAGCCACUCGGGGGCAUCGACGCAGGCGCUCUAUUCGAUAUGUGCAUGGAGGGUACGAGCCGUCGUCGUAGAACUUUGUCAGAUUCUGAGAUUCCUGAAGUGAAGGCGAAACGAUCUAGGACACACAAUGUUUUGGAUGCCAUUGCUGAGGCGGGAGAUGAGUCAGGAUCAGUGAAAGAUGACAGGAAGCAAACUAAACCCAAAAGUGUAAUUGAUGUUCCAAAGAACCGAGAUCUCCAUCCAGGAAACUCUCUACGACCAGCCUGGACCAGCCAUCAUCGAGCAAGGCUAAAUCCCCUGCAAGAUUCUGAAGCACCUGAUCUGGAUGAACAGAAAUCAAGAGAGGUAGGCGCCACUAUGGAAGCUGGAGAUGAAUUAGAGUCGGUCACUUCUCGAAGUAGCGAAGGCAGGGAUGGUGGCAGGAAUGAGGAGAUCCUCAAACCCAAGCAACUUCGAAUUCACCUAGCCGCCGAGGGCGAUCAAUUUUACUUUUAUGUUUCACCGUGUUUUGCUCUCGUUGAGAAUCAUCAAUUCAAAGUUUUAUCGUUCAGCACUGAUUGA